AACCAACCGACAAAUCCGUAGCCCAGGUGACUCACAGCCUCCCUCUUGCCCAAAUGAAAUGGGAUAAAACAAAUCAAUAAGCUUUUUGAUUGAUUCAGGACGCAGUGAAGCCAAAUUCAAUCAAGGCAAAGGGGGCUUACUUUUCUUGACGCUGAGUCAUCUUAUUCUUAGCUAUGCUAAUGGAACAGGAAAAGUUUUCAGAUGAUAUGGACCCCAAGAGAUGAGCGAAAACCUCCAAUUGCUUAGGGGUCGCACCCUGUCCCGCUUGGUGGAUGAAAUCUUCUCUCCUUUUAGAAUUCUUUCUCCCACACACCUUUGCCCUCUUUUACCGAAUAGGAAAGUAGAAUCUUCCAAGCGGACAGAAACCUAAAUUUCCAUUAGAUUCAUUCCUAAGCUUGCUUUGUUGCAGCAAGAUGAUCAGUCCGAGAGUGCUGGAGAGAAGAGAAAGCGAUAAAAACCUCUCUGAUUCGGUCAUUGAGCAGUCGGACGACUCUUCAGUAACCCAAGAUGACCCCUUUGACGCUUCUUUAGCUGUAUACCCCCUCCAUCUUUUCGGAGGUGGAAGAAAGGUUACUAUAAACAUUCUUAGUAGGGCCCCAGAACGCUAAAAAGGUGGGGGAACAAGAGUUGCCAUGAUGGAAAAGAGAAAUGACUAUAAGAAACCAACGAUUCUCUCUUCUUAAACAACCUAUAUCCUCCACUCUUAAUCAGCAUUUGAUAGAUUAUCCAACCUCGAGCAAUCUUAGUUAUUGGUGGGGGUUCGGUCCGUUAGCUGGUAUUUGUUUAGUCAUUCAGAUAGUGACUGGCGUUUUUUUAGCUAUGCAUCACACACCUCAUGUGGAUCUAGCUUUCAACAGCGUAGAACACGUCAUGAGAGAUGUUGAAGGGGGCUGGUUGCUCCGUUAUAUGCAUGCUAAUGGGGAAAGUAUGUUUCUCAUUGUGGUUCACCUUCAUAUUUUUCGUGGUCUAUAUCAUGCGAGUUAUAGCAGUCCUAGGGAAUUUGUUCGGUGUCUCGGAGUUGUAAUCCUCCUAUUAAUGAUUGUGACAGCUUUUGUAGGAUACGUACCACCUUGGGGUCAGAUGAGCUUUUGGGGAGCUACAGUAAUUACAAGCUUAGCUAGCGCCAUACCUAUAGUAGGAGAUACCAUAGUGACUUGGCUUUCGGGUGGUUUCUCCAUGGACAAUGCCACAUUGACUUGGCUUUGA